GGGUCUGUCAAUGUCAAAUAUUUUUUAUUGAUUUGCCGGGUAAAUGGGCGAAAGUGUAUUCUUGUUUAUUUUUAAAUUUAAAUAGAUUUGCCUAAAUAAAAAUGGAUUUUACUCCCGAGCUAUCUGCAUUUCAAGGCCUAAUCGUGUCUGUGGACCACUCGCACUGUUUCUCAAGACUAACGUCUAGGGGCGGAAACGAAGAAAAAUUACAAUUGGUUCUUGAAAGUAUUUCAAAGUUUUUAAGGAAUGAAAAUUAUGUCAAUGAGGAUGGUGUAAUUGAUACUAUGGUGACAAAAAUACGUAAAUUUGCUCUAUAUAUUGUUCUUAACUCUGACUUGAAGGCAUUGAGGGAAAUAGCUGAACUGGAGGGAGUAUUUCUAGUCAUACAGUCAAUACCUGUUAUACCCCGUUAUCUCAUGUGUGAAAUGUUAUGGAACCUUUAUAUGGAAAAUUUUGCAUGUGAAAUGGUCACCUAUUGCUAUCCUUUUUUGGCUGUGGAAAUUGCUGGAGCUUUUGUAGAAAACUACAAAUAUUACAAUCCUACAAAAGGUCUUAAGAAACUGCGUAAUUUGUCUGCAGCCUGUUACAAACUGAUCUGCAGGCUACAUUGUUUUCAAUUUGAUAGUACUAUAUUCAAUAAGUUACUGAAAACUUGUUAUGAAACUCUACAAAAAUGCUUAAAAUACUUCCCAAAACCUCCAAACAGUCAUAGAUUAAAUAUACUAAGCAAAGAUGAAUUGUACUUUUACAAAGGAGAAUGUCUGGAAAUAUUUCUAUUGUUGGUACAUGAAUGCUUUAGCUACUUUACUCAGGAGGUGAACUCGAGUUGUUCCUUUGACAUCUAUAGGUCAACAUAUAAAGCAGGUUGUUUUAAAGACAAUCCUCCAACAAUCAAAGUGUGUGAGUGUCCUAAUAAUAUAGUAUCAGAGUGUGUCAACAACUGUAACAUAUUGUUACUAGAUGUCUUCCAAGAACUUGUAAUGGAUGUGAAUGUUGACAUAUUUUGUGCUUGGAGUGAAUUUGAAGUGAAUCAUAUAAACAUGCAGCAAUCUAUAGGAGAACUCUGCCACAAAGUCAGAACUGAACUGAUUAACAUAAGCAGUGUAGCUGAGCACCCAGUGGUCAGCAUGAUUCAACAAAUGGCUCGUAAACCAGAAGUGAUUAGUGAUAUCAUCAACUUGACUGAGGCUGAUGUGAUAGUACAGAAGAUAAAUAGCAAUAUAGAGGAGAAGUUAUCAUGGAUACAUGCUUUAGUUAACAAGGAGCAGCUGUGCCAGCAUGUGGACCUCAUCUCUGUCAUAGACACACAUAUAGAUAUGUUUGAUGAACAGGAAUGCUUAAAAUUAUACCACACGUUUACUAAUUAUUCUAAGAACAGCAUUAAUAAUAGAGAAAUAGUUACAAAAAUGUCAAUCAAACUAUUCGAACACUGCAGUGUUUCAGACAAGCACAAGUUGUUGAAAGAGCAUUUUAGCGACAGUCAAUUCCAUGACCUGAGCGAUGAUGAACUCUUCCACAGCACAUUAAAUGAAAUGUUCAACAAAUUUGUUGCUGUGCCCGAAGCAGACUACACGGAAGUGUUGAAUGUAUUUCUUCAGAACCCCAGGCAGGUCUUCAACAAAAUAUUUAUUUUAGCUGAAGAAAAUACCCAACUAACAAACACAAUGUUGAAAAUAAUGCAAAUGCUUAAGGAUUAUGCCAAUUAUUAUUAUGUCGCCGAAACAGACCCUUGCAUAAUAACUACAAUAAAAACGAAUCUGGAUGAGGUUUCUGAAUCAGAAAUGAAACAAAUAAAUUUGGUGAAAUUUUUAAGUGGUUUGAAAUUAAAUAAUAUUAUACCAGGAACUAAAUUGCUUCUUCUCAUCAUUAUGCCGCAUAUGCACAAGGCACUGUUGCACAAAGAUAAUAAUAAAAUACAUGUACAGAUUCAUCUACUGAAUGAGGCAUAUACUAUCCAAGAGCUGUUGGAGUACAGGGCACCCAUGCUGGCCAUGUUGAGUCAAGUGUUAGAGGUGGUCCGCUGGGGGAACAUCAACGAAUUUGUGCCAAAAGCUUCAUCAACUCUACAGCUUGCUUUGAACUUCCAAAAGUCUUUAAUAGAAACAUACGAUAAUGGUAUACCAAAUGAUGAAGGCGAUUGGUUGAGGAUCAGGCUGAAACGAAAAAAUAUGCAGCCACUGAAUAAUUAUUAUUUUAGAAAACUAUUAGGUGGACAAAGUUCAAAUUUCUUUCAAUCAGUGAGUGGUAUGCAGGUUGAUAAGGACUCUAGCCGCAGCAUAAUAACCGUCUGGGUCGCUGAGAUAAUUAGUUCCGCCACAUUGGAAGAAUGGUGUGUUGUAUGGGACAACUUGACGCGCCACAUCCCAGACGUCGAAAUCCUAUACAGCUUCUACGAAGCGGUACAAAUGAUCGGGAUGUCUGUAGAGGACACUCGCACAGCUGCAACUAGGGCGUGCUUAUAUUACUGCAUACAAAAUCUUGUUUACAUAAUACGGUACAAAUUUUUCCAAGGACGGUCCUUGACUGAUCGACGAGUGGUAUGCGUCAUGUAUAGUUUGUCCAAGUUCCUGCAAGACACAAAUAUAGAAGACGUCGAAGAGAUUGGAUCCAGAUUAAUGCCUUUGUUUGCUUUCUUGGUCGAAAAGAAGAACCUAUACACCUCUGAUGUGACGAGUUAUUUCCGAAAUACCAAUUAUUAUGCACUGGUUUGUAGAGCGUUUAACAUCGAACAGUCUCAAGAAAAUGGAAGCACGUAAUGAGAUGAUAUAUGUUUCCUAAACUUACUUUUGUGUCUAUAACGAAUCUUGUGGAGCGGAAUUCUGUUACGGGUAAAACGUCACAUUUCUGUCGGUGAUUAAAAUAAACAAACACUCAUUAACAA